UCUCAGCAACUUCAACAUGUAUAGAUACAUCUCCGAACUUGGAUUUAGAACACCAGCCAUCAUUAAUUCUCUGAAAAUAUUCAUCAGAGAUUUCAAAGAUGUGCCAUCUGUCUCAGUAACAAAAUUAAAUUCCGAACAAAUCUACUCCGCUCUUGAGAUUCAUUCUCUACCCUGGAAAACAUCAAGUGACUCCUCCAAGCUUACCAAAGAAUUCAAAUUCAAUUCAUUCAAAGAAACCUUUGCUUUCAUGGGAUCAAUUUCUACCAUCGCCGAUGAAAUGCAUCAUUAUCCAAAAUGGACACAAAAAGAAAACGUAGUUACUGUAGAGAUGACAACUUCAGAAUGCUCAGGUGUUUCAGUAAAGGACAUUCUUUUGGCCUACGCAAUGGAAUAAGUAGCAACUGAAGUCUCCGCUACUAAAAUCACAACUGUGUGCGACGGCCCAAAAGUUGUUGACUCAUAAAUACUACAAAAUUGGAACUCAAAUUUCUCUAAAACCGAGGAAAUGCUCCAAAGUUUUUAGAAGACUACAGCAUAACUUUGAUUUUAUAUCAAUAUAUUAUAAUUUCUUUACAUAAUUUACACAAUUAA